GGCUGGCUGUUGUGGGGAAAUGCUCGGCGGAGCGUGAAGCGGAACAGCCAGAGAGAGGGACAAAGACGCGCGUAAAGCGGGAGCAAAAUGCGCCGCGGAGAAAAACCUCCACCGACUCUGGGAUAAAUAUAUAACGCAGGAAUGCGCGGAUGGACGUUAAAAGCAGCAGCCCGGAGAAGAGUGAAACCCAACUAUGGCAUGGGAGAUGAGAGCGGGUUCGGGGCCGAGCGCGGCUGCGCAAAGCCCGUGCGUUAAGAGCUUUGGAGCGGCUUGUUGUGGCGCGUCCUGUCCGGAGAACCCGCUCCGUGAGUGGACGCACUUUGGAAGAUGACUGAGUUGUUUCUGUGUCCCAGUGAGCCAGAAUCCUGCAGGAGGAACCCCAGCUGGUAGGACCGACCCCCGGGAUCCUUCACCUGUUUCCCCCGGUCCCUGAUGCGGCGGAGCGGGGACUGGGAGUAACGCACCCGGUGGCGACCCUAGCACCCGGGCACCAAAAAAACUAGACUUUCCGAUUCCAGCAUGAGCUGCUGGUGCUGCGUCCUGGCCGUGCUGGCCCUGCUGGCCCUGCUGUGGCCCCCGGGGGCCCCGGCGGCCCUGGACGGCCAGCAGCAGCUGAUCUGCUGGCAGGCGCUGCUGCGCUGCCACGACGAGCCGCAGUGCGAGCUGGCGUACCGGCAGUACCAGGCGGCGUGCGAGGGCAACCUGCUGGGGACGCGCAGCCACUGCCCGAGCCACUGCAUCAACGCGCUGAUCCGCCUCAACCACACCCGCGGCGGGCCGGGCCUGGAGAGCUGCGACUGCGCGCAGGACCGCGACUGCGCCGGCGCCAAGCGGCGCAUCGAGCCGUGCGUGCCGCGCCGGCACCCCGGGGACGCGGCGGGGGUGGGCUGCAUGGAGGCGCGGCAGCGCUGCGACCGGGACGGCCGCUGCAGCGCCGCCCUGGCCGCCUACCUGUCCGGCUGCGGACAGCUGUUCAACGGCAGGAAGUGCUCGGCCAAGUGCAAGGCCACGAUCCAGCAGAUGCUGCUGGUGCCGGACGGCGCGCUGCUCAACCGCUGCGUGUGCGACGGCGUGGAGCGGCCGUUCUGCGAGGUGGUGAAGGAGAACAUGAGCCGGCUCUGCGCCCUGGGAGACCCGGCCGUCGUGUCCGACCGGCCCGACGUGGACGAGCUGUACGAGGACGACGAGGACGACCCCGGCGGGGACCGGGACCGGGACGGGCUUCACCGGCCCACCGGGGGCUCGGCGGGCCCCCCGGGCCUCCCACGGCUCUCCGGCCCUGCAGCAAUCCUGCUCCUCUGGAUAUUCCUCUGAGAUCACGGGAUUUAUCAAUGAAAGACUCGAGGAAAUUGGAAUAAGGAAGAUUUUAAUAACUUUUUCAUACACUGGCAAAUAACUAAAGCUAGAAAUCUUCACGUUUUUGUUUCUUUAAUUCACUCUUGUGCCUCCCUGGUCCCUGUGGGAAUAUCACGUGAUUCAUCCUGGAACAAGUUGAUAUUUAUCAUGAAACUUGGAAAAUGAUCAUUCAUUUGGGAAGAAAACGCACUAAAGCAGAUGAAAAAGUGGAAAAAACACAUAAACCUGCAAAAAAUGUUGCUGUUUUCAGCGUCUGAUAGUUAAAAGGUUCAGUGUAACCGAAACCUAGUGAGGAAUUUUAAGUGUCUCAAUCCACGUUCAUUGGAAACAAAUGGUGAAUACACUUUGGACCCGAGCUGGAAUCAAACCAGCGAGACUCCUGGAAGGGGAAAAACAAUCAGGACUCUCCACUCCGUGGAGAGAGGACUUUACCGAACUCUCCGGAGUCAGAAAAGGGUCAGAAAAACCCCCUCAGGUGGGGAGGGAAUAACCUUUAAAAACAGCCCGUGCUAACGCGGUUCGGUUUCAGUUGUACUUGAAGUGCGGCUUCAUUAAGACCCGAGACAAACACGGCCGUGCGGCCUGUGUUUGCUCUGCUCUCCGUCUCACAGGCCUCGGCAUUGUUGCAGCGACCGCUCCGAAUGUUUGUGGGACCGGCGGAGGAACGGCCGGGGUGUGGGAUCAAGUACUUAAAUGAAGUGAAGCCUCUGCAGCACUUUGUCUCGUCCCUUCCCCCGUUUCUGCUGCUUUAUUGAACUUUUCCUGAGACCGCCCCGCCCUCCUCUUCCUCCUCUUCCUCCUCUUCCUCCUCUUCCUCCUCUUUUAAGACCCCUGGCUUUAUUAGAGCUUUCACACCCCCAGAAACCUGGGGGGUGUGUGUGAAUACCGUACCUGCAGUUUGUCCCCACGGCCAAACGCCAGGGACCCCGGCACGUUCUCACAACGCUUUCCUUUUCUGCGUCAACAGAUUUUCUAGUUCAGAAACGACUUUCGAGGAGACGCAGCCAAGUUCUCUCAAUCAGACACACGCACGCACGCACGCACGCACGCACGCACGCACGCACGCACGCACGCACGCACGCACGCACGCACGCACGCACGCACGCACGCACGCACGCACGAUCAGCGUUUCCAGAUAGAAAAUAGAGGAAUGCACUGCAAAAACUCAACAUCUUAACAAGAAUAUUUGUCUUAUUUCUAGUUAAAAUGUCUCAUUUUUAGCCAAAAAAUCUCAUUACACUUAAAACAAGAGUCAUUACUGGAAAA